AUGUUGCUCGACAAGGUGGAUCGCAUCGUUGAUCAAUAUUUACCGAAGGAAUUCGUUCGUAUUGGAGCCUUCCUUUUCCUUCUCUAUUUAGUAUAUCAGGUUUUCCGUUUCGUAAAGUUCCUUGUCUACUACCUCCUUCCCGGAAAGAACUUGAAGAGAUGCUACGGAGAGUGGGCUAUGGUGACUGGAGCUACGGAUGGCAUUGGUCUCGGAUAUGCCAAGCGUCUGGCUGCUCGCAAGAUCAACGUCGUUCUCGUGGGACGCUCCCAGGAGAAGCUGGAUAACUGUGAGAAGGAGAUCAAGGAGAAGUACCAUGUGGACGUUCGCACGGUGUGCUUCGAUAUGAGCCAGAGCACGGAGGAGCUGAAGCAAGUGCUGGUUCCCAUUUUCGAGAAGAUUCCUAUCGGCAUUCUGGUGAACAACGUGGGCAUCUCGUACGAGUACGCCAUGUUCCUCACCGAGCUUCCUGAGGACCGUCUCCGCACGAUCAUCCAUCUGAACUGCGAAGUGACCGCGAUGGUGACCAAGAUGUGCGUGCCCGGCAUGAUCGAGCGCAAGCGUGGCGCCAUCGUGAACGUCAGCUCUGCCGCCGGAAUCAUGGCCUGCGGAGACCCGCUGUACGACAUCUACUCGGCGUCGAAGGGCUUCGUGGAUCUGUUCUCGCGCUCUCUGGCGACGGAAUUGAAGAACAAGCACAUCGUGGUGGAGUGCCAUGCGCCGUACUUCGUGCCGUCCAAGCUCAGCAAGAUCCGUCACGCGUCGCUGAUGUGUCCUCCUGCGGACGUGUACGCGGAGGCUUCGCUGGAGAAGAUCGGCCGCGGCCCCACGACGGUGGUGCCGUACUUGGGACAUCAGCUGCAGCACUUCCUGUAUCAUAGUCUGCCGUACCCGGUGCUGCAGAUGUUCAUGAUGAUGCAUCAUAUGGAUAUUCGCAAGCGAGCUUUGAAGAAGCGCGCGAUGAAGAAGGAUUAAGUGAUUCUUUUAGAGGGUG